AAUUAGCGACAGGGGUUAUGUAUGAUACUGUAGCUAACCCUUCAGGCUACCUCAUUUCUUUAUUAAAAUAUGUUUAGAUUAUUAUAAGUGCAUUACUUUGAUUAUUUGUGUCGCAGACAUAAUGCGACGGAGCCCGUGAGUGGUGUACUCGUGAGCGCGCAGCAGCAACCGCGGGGUCGCGCAGAGGUUGAGAGGCGCGCGCAGGUAAGCUGAACUCUGUCAGCAGCACCUGGACUGUCCUCGAGCACAGGCCGUACAAUAUUGAUGAGGUAGAAAUCAUUACUUUCCAUUUUUAUAUUCUCGUAGUCUCGUAGCAGUCUAUACACUUGAAACUGUAUGUAUGAAAUAGGUUGUUUGUUUUUUGUCCUUGCCGUGUCUUGUAUUUCAUAUUUGAUUAAGAUUGAGCAUGGUUAGCGGUAAUUUGGGCUUCUACACAUGAUGACCUCAUCCUCAUCCUCGCUGAGCAUGGCGGAGUCAGAUGGUGUGGAGUUCUGUGCGAAUCGAGCUCAAAGCAGCAUGGCUAACAACAAGAAUAGCACCCUCCGUUGUACUUUCUCGGCCCCCAGCCACAGCAACACUCUCCUGAGGGGACUGUCUGCGUUGCGUGAUCAGGGUCAGUUGCUGGAUGUGGUUCUGGCCAUUGACAACGAGCGCUUUGAGGUUCACAAAGCGGUUUUGGCCUCCUGCAGUGACUACUUCAGAGCCAUGUUUACUGGAGGAAUGAAGGAGUCAAGCCAGAACACCAUCGAGCUGAAAGGUCUCUCAGCCAGAGGACUGAAGCACAUUAUAGAUUUUGCCUACAGUUCCGAAGUAACUCUGGACUUGGACUGCAUUCAGGAUGUUCUUGGUGCAGCCGUCUUCCUGCAGAUGGUGCCUGUGGUGGAGCUUUGUGAGGAGUUCCUGAAAUCAGCCAUGAGUGUUGAGACUUGUCUUAACAUCGGCCAGAUGGCCACCACUUUCAGCCUGUCGUCCCUUAAGCAGUCAGUCGACGCGUUCACGUUCCGCCAUUUCCUGCAAAUCGCUCAGGAGGACGACUUCCUUCACAUUCCAAAGGAACGACUGGUGUUCUUCCUUCAGAGCAACAAGUUGAAGAACUGUAGUGAGAUCGACUUGUUCCACGCGGCAAUCCGCUGGCUGCAGCAUGACGUGUCCAGGCGAGCUUCAGCCAGUGAAGUGCUCUGCCACGUGCGAUUCCCGCUAAUGCGGUCGUCUGAACUCGUGGACAGCGUUCAGACCGUCGACAUCAUGGUGGAGGACGUGCAAUGUCGACACUUUCUCCUAGAGGCCUUUAAUUAUCAAAUCCUUCCAUUCCGACAGCACGAAAUGCAGUCACAGCGAACUUCCAUUCGCUCCGAUGUCACCUCGCUAAUUACGUUUGGCGGAACGCCCUACACCGACAACGAUCGGACAGUCAGCAGCAAAGUUUACUAUCUGCCCGACAUCACGGCGCGACAGUUCAAAGAGUUGACCGAAAUGGAGAUGGGAUGCAGCCAUGCAUGUGUGUCAGUUCUUGAUAAUUUUGUGUACGUCGUGGGUGGACAGCAUUUACAGUACCGCAGCGGAGAGGGCGCAGUUGACAUCUGCUUCCGCUACGACCCCCAUCUGAACCAGUGGCUUCGAAUCCAACCCAUGCAGGAAAGCCGGAUACAGUUUCAGCUCAACGUGCUGCAUGGACAACUUUACGCUACUGGAGGACGCAACCGCUCUGGCAGCUUGUCCUCUGUAGAAUGCUAUUGUCCAAGGAAAAAUGAAUGGACUUACGUGGAUUCUCUUAAGAGGAGGAUCUGGGGUCACGCCGGAGCGACGUGCGGGGACAAACUCUACGUCUCUGGAGGUUACGGAGUGUCUGUAGAGGAUAAGAAGACUCUCCAUUGCUACGAUCCAGCCUCGGAUCAGUGGGACUUCAAGUGUCCCAUGAACGAGCCAAGAGUCCUUCAUGCUAUGAUCAGUGUAAACAACCGAAUUUAUGCUCUCGGUGGUAGAAUGGACCACGUUGACCGCUGCUUUGAUGUUUUGGCUGUAGAAUACUACGUGCAAGAGACCGACCAAUGGACAACAGUCAGUCCAAUGCGUGCCGGUCAGUCGGAGGCUGGCUGCUGCUUGCUGGAUAAAAAGAUCUAUAUAGUUGGAGGAUAUAACUGGCACCUCAAUAACGUCACAAGUAUUGUGCAAGUUUAUAACACAGAGACCGAUGAGUGGGAAAGAGAUCUUCAUUUUCCAGAAUCUUUUGCGGGAAUAGCUUGUACACCUAUCAUACUUCCCCAAACAACCACCCAACGCUAAGCACAUUUGCUGUUUUUGGCUUAAGUUUUGAGUGUCCACCAGGACAGCAGUAAAAGUAAUGUUAUCGGUGGCUUUCUCUUAUUGAAAAGGGUUAUGUAUUCAUUUUUUGAAGCAUGCAUGAUUGAAGGCUUGUUCACAUUGGUGUGAGUGAACAAUAAGAAAGCACACCGUUUCUUGAGGUUUUUGAGAAUGUGAAGCAACUUUUUUACACACUUCUCAAGCAGUAAUGUUGUCUUUGGCCCUUUCUGUAGAUUCCAUUGUUUUGAGAGUUUCCUGUGGGGUUUGCACUGACGACAGACUUGAAUGGACCGAACAGCAUUGGGGCAUUGUCAUCUCGUCUUCGUCUAUGUGAAUAUCAUUGCAUUCACAAUACAUCCUAAACUUCUACAAGUAUUGUGCAAGUUUAUAAAUCCGAGACAGAUGAGUGGGAAGGAGAUCUUCAUUUUCUCAGAAUCUUUUGCAGGAAUAGCGUGCAUCAUACUUGCACAAACAACCACUCAGCGCUAAGCACAAGUUGUCUUAUGUUUGCUUUUUUAGGUUUAGGUUUUUGAGAAUAGGAAACGUAUUUCUACACAAUUCUCAAGCAGUAAUGUUGUCUUUGGCGCUUCUUGUAGAUUGCCCCGUUUCAUAGUAAUGGGCCAGCAACACUGGGGCAAUGUCAUCAUAACUUUAUGAAGGAUUUAUGGCCUGCUUAGUGUUCCUAAAUGACACGAAAGCAAAAACUAUUCACAAGUAGAGCUGCUAAACGAUUAAUCACGAUUAAUCGCAUCCAAAAUAAAAGUUUUUGUUUACAUAACGUAUGUGUGUGUACUGUGUAUAUUUCUGUAUACACACACAUACAGUAUAUAUUUUGAAAAUAUUUACAUGUAUAUUUUUUAGGGCUGUCAGACGAUUAAUCGCAUCCAAAAUAAAAGUUUGUUUGCCUAAUAUAUGUGUACUGUUUGUAAAUCUUAUGUGUAUAUAAAUUCACACAAAUUAAUGUAUAUAUUUAAGAGACAUUAUUUAUGUACAAAAUAUUUUUAUUUAUAUAUAAUAUAAAUUACAUAAAUGUGUUUGUAUUUAUAUAUACAUAAUAAUUACACACAGUACACACACAUAUAUAAUCGUUUGACAGCCCUAAUAUUUUUAUUUUCAUAUAAUUAUAUCAUUUCUUAAAUGUAUAUAUGCAUGUGUGUGUAUUAAUAUGCAUAAUAAAUAUACACAGUACACACACACAUAUUACGUAAACAAAAACAUAUUUUGGAUGCCAUUAAUCAUUUGACAGCACUAUUCACAAGCAGUUUUUAGAAUAAAACUUUGUCAAAUUAGGAUAACUGAACAAAUUGGUUGACAUCUGGAAGCAUGAUAUUUUGAAUUUGGUCCGCUAGCUACAAUUUGGAUAACAUUGUCCUCUUUGCCAGCACUUCCUGAAGUGGGUCUAGGUUUAAAAUAUUGAACCUGUUUUCCUAAUUAGCACAUUGAAAACAUGAAAUAUCUUCUCAAGAGGUAAAGCCGACUAUGGCUCUUCUUAUAGAUUAAUAUAAAACAGUUGGUCUAAUCUGUAUGUUGCACUUUUCUGGCAAAUUCAUGUUUGUUUUGUGAAAAUUUGUAAGAACAACAUACUUCACUAGCAAGGUUUCUUGGCAGGUGUAUUAAUAUUAAUAUAUGUUGUGUUGCUGUAUUAACCUUGUUUGUGACAAGUAUCUGAUAUUAGUUCUCCUUUAUCAAAACUCUCGUUUUUGGAUGGUUUUGUAUCAGAAAUUGGCAAAUUAUUUCAGGAAGUAGUGGAGGUAAAGUUCUCAUGACUCAAAUCUGUCCUUUUUUAACAUUCAGGCGACAUUUAUAAAAAUGGAUACCUCAUUAUAAGAUUUCUUCUUUUUUUCUGGAAGGACUUUAAUCUCAUUGCUAUAGCCAUUGUAUAUUCCAUUAUAUUUAACAAUGUUUUUAACCUACCAACAGUUUUGAUUUUUUUUUUUUUUUUCUCCCACAAACUGAGCAAGCACAUUUCAUUAUGCACUUUAAUAUUCAGUGUGGUGAUUCAGUGAUUUAAUUGUGUUUUUGUUUUUUUUGUUUUUUUCUAAACAUGUAAUUUAAACAGUGUAUACAGUAUUAUACAGUAUAGUGAGGACUGAAUCAUGUACAUGUACUAUGGCACAAACUGGCAUUUUUCUUUCUUCUUAUGGCAUGUAUUACUUUUUUCAGAAUAUGAAUGUGUAAAAAACACUACAUUCUCAAAACCACCUAAGGUGUUUUUUGUGCAUUAAUACUAUGAUUCAUUUGAGGGUUUAUAACGCGUCAGUGUUUUUUAGAUUCCUUUAAUGUGUUUUUUUUCCCAACAACACUGUUACAUUGUGUGUAUAGAUAGGAUAGGUAAUUUACCAUGAUUACAGCUGUAAUGACUGUCAUCCUUGGCUCAGGACUCAUUUAUAUACUGAUGUAAGUUGGAAACAUAAGGCAUUUGAGUGUGUCAGCUGGGUCUUAUGAACACAUGGCCUUUAAUCUUGUACUUCUGUCACAGAUCAGCCUUAAUCAACCUGUUAAAAGCACUUAAAGUGCCAUUUGGUUCUAUGUAAACGUAACCAUUUCCUAAAGUUUGGAAUUUCAACAAGCUUUUACAAUUCUUUUUUUCAUUCAUGUCAAUUUUUCAUUUCAAAAAAGUUGUAUAAGUGCAUUUAUGAAUGUCUGAAAUUUAUAGCAUGUGGUUAUCAAAAAAAAAAGUUGUUUUUUUUUCUUUUCUUUUUUUUGACAAAUCCUGUUCUAAUUUUGAUGUAUACAGUUAUGUUGCAUUUUUAAAUGUGUGGUAUAAUUACUAAAUAUCACUGAAUGUAUUUGUAUUGGUAGCACUUUUUGCAGUUAUCCUUUUACACAUUUGUCUUCCAUAUGUAAAAUUACAUUUGUGCUCUUGUUUUAUCCACCUGCUAUGUUUUGUCUGUUACAGUGUGGUCUAAAUAAAAAUACACACA